CUGAGGCUCCUCCGUCAGAGCGGAUCAUUCUGCUGCAGGUCAGGAGAGAGAGAGACGGUCAGAUCUGCAGGAACAGAGGAGCUGAUGGACGAUUUAACACAGUCUGACAAGGAGGAAGUAGACCUUUCACCUCUAAUGCAGAAACCAGAGGGCACAAAACUGUUUGUCCCUGCAGGAUGUUUAGUGCAGUGCUCCCGGAGUAAAGUGGGAGAGGCUCUCUAUCAAGCUUCACCAGAGUUCAACCUGAAACUGAACCCUCGGAGCUACAACAGCCUGCACGAUAUACACCUGAGGAAGUUUUUCAACAAACCGGCGAGGAAGAAGCUUCUUAUUGACAGGGGCUUGAUUACUGAGGAUGGACAAGUGCUGUGCUCCAUUAGGGAGUUCAAUCAGUACAUAGACUAUCUAAAGACUGUCAACUCAGAAAGGGACAAGGCUCUUCAACAACAGGAAACACCAGAAAUCACCCAGACAAACCCGGAGGAGGAGAAAAAGGAGCAGCGCGUUAAACCAGGCUCAGACAUUCAGACACACACAUUAGAUUCAUCUGUACUUACGGUUCAACCUGAUGAUAACUGUGUGAACAAUUUGAGUCUGGAUUUAUUACAGAGCUCUGAGGAGCUGAAGCUGAUAGAUCUGGAGGAGGAACAGCAGGAGGAGAGCAUUCAGAACAAGGCCGAUGCUUCAGUUGAAAUGUUCAUCAAGAAACAAAUUAACAUUUCGGGGCUAAUGGAGAAACCAAGAGGCACAAAACUGUUUGUGCCUGAUGGGUGUUCCAUGCAGUACUCCAGGGGUAAAGUUGGAGAGAGUCUCUAUCAGAGAGACCCUAACAUGCAACAGGACCACUGGACAGACAACAACCUGCAUGAUAAACACCUGAAAAAGUUCUUCAACAAGCCUGGGAGAAGGAAGCAGCUCAUUAAACAGGGCUUAAUUACUGAGGAUGGAUAUGUGCUGUGCUCCCGUAAGGAGUUUCACCAGUACGUCGACUACCAGAAGUCCAUCAAACCAAAACAGAAUGAGCUGCUUGUUCCAGACGUGAGGGUUUCUCUACAACCUGUGGAGGAAGUUGAUACCUGCAGUCCCAGGUUGGAGGUCACCUCACCUGAGACAACAGAAAAACCAAUCAAUCAAAAAUCAAUGUCAUUUUGCUAUCUACAUGGUGAGAUGUGA